CUUUCCGUCGAGGUCUCUGGGCUGCUCGGGCUCGGAGGGGUGGCCCCGGGGACCGCGGCGCGGCCUGGGGCCCCGUGGUGGCCCGGCGGCUUGCAGCCGAGCCCCGGGGCGAAGGAAGCGGCUCUUCCUCUCCAGCCCCCGCCCUCCCGGCUCGGGCGCACACCUCCUCCCUGACGCAUUUUGCCGCACAAGCUGUAAUAUGGCGGCAGCGACGGCAGCCUCGGCUCCCGGGAGCUAGGUUCGUUUUGGAGGCUUCAGAACCGGGAGACGGAGCGCUGCGGCGUGGUGUAGUAACAUGCACCUGUCAUCCCAGCAGCAUUCAGGAGGCUGAGGCAGAAGGAUUGCCAUAAAUUGUAGGCCAGCCUAGGCUAUAAAGAGCAAAACAAUUGGCUCAGUCAUUCUUGGUGGAUUUUUGUUUUUUUAUUGUUUCCCCCAACUUAAAGACUGAAGUGUUGGAACCAUGGGGAUAAAGGUCCAGCGUCCUCGGUGUUUUUUUGACAUUGCCAUUAAUAAUCAACCUGCUGGAAGAGUUGUCUUUGAAUUAUUUUCCGAUGUAUGUCCCAAAACGUGUGAGAACUUUCGCUGCCUUUGCACAGGUGAAAAAGGGACAGGGAAAUCAACUCAGAAGCCAUUACAUUAUAAGAGCUGUCUCUUUCAUAGAGUUGUCAAGGAUUUCAUGGUUCAGGGUGGUGACUUCAGUGAAGGGAAUGGAAGAGGAGGAGAAUCUAUUUAUGGAGGAUUCUUUGAAGAUGAGAGUUUUGCUGUUAAACACAACAAAGAGUUUCUCUUAUCAAUGGCCAACAGAGGGAAGGAUACAAAUGGCUCUCAGUUCUUUAUAACAACAAAACCAACUCCUCAUUUAGAUGGGCAUCAUGUUGUUUUUGGGCAAGUGAUCUCUGGUCAGGAAGUUGUGAGAGAGAUUGAAAACCAGAAAACAGAUGCCGCUAGCAAACCAUUUGCUGAAGUUCGGAUACUCAGUUGCGGAGAGCUGAUUCCAAAGUCUAAGGUUAAGAAAGAAGAAAAGAAAAGGCAUAAGUCCUCGUCCUCCUCCUCCUCCAGUGACUCAGACAGCUCAAGCGAUUCUCAGUCCUCCUCUGAGUCUUCUGAUUCUGAAAGCGCUUCCGAAGAAAAAUCCAGAAAAAGGAAAAAGAAACAUAGGAAAAAUUCCCGAAAGCAUAAGAAGGAGAAGAAGAAGCGAAAGAAAAGCAAGAAAAGCCCAUCUAGUGAAAGUGAAGCAGAAAAUGUUGAUGCACAGCCCCAGUCUACUGUCCGUCCAGAAGAGAUCCCUCCUAUACCAGAAAAUAGAUUUCUAAUGAGAAAAAGUCCUCCUAAAGCCGAUGACAAGGAGAGGAAAAACAGAGAGAGAGAAAGAGAAAGAGAGUGUAAUCCACCUAACUCCCAGCCUGCUUCAUACCAGCGACGAUUCUUAGUUACUAGGUCUGGCAGGAAAAUUAAAGGAAGAGGACCGAGGCGUUAUCGAACUCCUUCCAGAUCCAGAUCGAGGGAUCGAUUCAGACGAAGUGAGACUCCUCCACAUUGGAGACAAGAGAUGCAGAGAGCUCAGAGAAUGAGGGUGUCAAGUGGUGAAAGAUGGAUCAAAGGGGAUAAGAGUGAGUUAAAUGAAAUAAAAGAAAAUCAAAGGAGCCCAGUUAGAGUAAAAGAGAAAAAAAUAACAGAUCACAGACACAUGUCUGAGAGUCCAAACAGAAAAGUAGAAAAGGAAAAGAAAGCUAAAGACCAUAAAUCUGAAAGCAAAGAGAGAGACAUCAGAAGAAAUUCAGAAAAAGAUGAUAAAUAUAACAAAAACAAAGUGAAGAAAAGGGGCAAAUCCAAGAGUAGGAGCAAGAGCAAGGAGAGAUCCAAGAGUAAGGAGCGAGACUCGAAGCACAGCAGACACGAAGACAAGAGGGUGAGGUCAAGAAGUAAAGAAAGGGAUCAUGAGACUACUAAAGAAAAAGAAAAACCACUGGAUCCUAAAGGGAAAGAUCAGGAAAGGAGUAGAAGCAAAGAGAACUCCAAACAGGUAGAAUCAAAAAGUAAUGAACAUGAUCAUAGCAAAAGUAAAGAAAAGGAUAGACGUGCACAGUCCAGGAGUAGAGAACGGGAUCUGACUAAAAGUAAACACAGUUACAACAGUAGAACAAGGGAGCGGAGCAGAAGUAGGGACAGGAGCAGAAGAGUGCGGUCCAGAAGCCACGACAGAGAUCGCAGCAGAAGCAAGGAGUACCAUAGAUACAGAGAACAGGAGUAUAGGAGAAGAGGAAGGUCACGAAGCCGGGAUCGAAGAACGCCAGGACGAUCGAGAAGUAAAGAUAGGAGGAGAAGAAGGAGGGAUUCCCGGAGCUCAGAGAGAGAAGAAAGUCAAAGUAGAAACAAAGAUAAAUAUAGAAGCCAAGAAAGUAAGAGUUCACACAGAAAAGAAAAUUCUGAGGGUGAGAAAAGAACGUACUCUAAAAGUCGUGAUCAUAAUAGCUCAAGUAAUAACAGGGAAAAAAAGGCUGAUAGAGAGCAAAGUCCAGUGUCAAAAACAAAGCAAAGCAGUCAGGACAAUGAAGUGAAGUCCUCCACAUUAAAAAAUCAAGAGGACGAAAAGACCAGAUCCCCGGUGGAAAAAGAAAACCAAAAAUCAAAGGGUCAAGAAAAUGACCAUGUACAUGACAAAAAUAAAAAAUGUGAUCAUGAAUCAAGCCCUGGAACAGAUGAAGACAAAAGUGGAUGAGUGAGUUGUGUACUCUUAAUUCCUUCCUGUCUCAAAUUUUCAGUUUUUAAGACUUACUGUUGAACCUCCCUUUUUUAUUGUUUUCAUUGUUUUGGAGUUGUUUAUGUUUGUCUCCCCCCACCCCCUUUUUUUUUUUAAAUGUGGACUUCAUUGAGUUGAUCUUUUGAUAAUCUGCUACCUGGAUAAUUUGUACUGCUAAAGUUUUAAUAAACUUGAAAUGAAAAGAAAAACAACACUUUGGUGUAAUACUGUGUGCUAUGUUAAAUUCUUAUGUAUUCAUUUUUGUGUUGCAACCGUCAAUAGCAGCCUACUUUGCUUAAUCAGCCAUUUGGAAACAAGCUUAACUGUUGGUUGCAGUACAUUGUUGUAUAGGCUUGUGUUUCUUUUGAUACAAAUCCCUUUAGAAACCACUUGAAGUUUUGUAUAGCUUUUUGGGCUUUGAUUUUUCAUUUAUAAUUCAUGGGCUUAGAGCAGUUUCCUUAACUAACAGAAGCAGGAUCCUUAUGUGAUCUUAAACCUUCAUUUGAUUUUACAGUUAUUUGUACUUUAGUUACUUUUUUUGUGCUUUAUACCUUAUACUUUACAAUUCCAGCUGUAGCUUGUUUCUUAAUAUUGUCCACGUUGCUCUGCGAGCUAUAAAAAUGAGGUGAGUGCUGUUUUCAGUUCAUGUGCUGAUUGAGCUUGAGUUGCUGUUAUACAGCAUUUGACAGAAAUUAGACCUUGGAAGACCAGACUGUAAUUUUCAAUUCUUUGUUGCUUUUGGUGUGAAGAGCUGAAAUUGUUGCUUUUUAAGAACAUGUUAUUACCUUUUUCUACAAUUUAAAAAAUGCAUUUCUCAUUAAAACAUACUACUUGUGUAGAUCCUUCUUAAGCUAGACAGAUUCUAAAAAGCGUUAGUAUUGGAAAUAAGAUUUCCCUAUUUUGGCUAUUAGCCUAUAUCACAUUGAGUGGUAAUUCUGCAUGAUUUGGGUUUGUUUUUUGUUUUUUUUUUUUUAAACUUGGACUAACUUCUCUGAUUCUCAUAGCUGUGAAUAUGAAAUGUCAAGAAGAUGCAUCUUUCUAUAUAUGUACCAUGAUAGGCUGUGUAGCAUGUUUGUGACUCUGGUUUCUUUCUAUUCAGAUGGCUUUAGACCAGUUUACUGUUAACAUUAUUUUAACUUGGCAUGUAUAACAUUGCCAUAUAAAGUAGAAUAGAAAGUUGCAAAAUAUGAUACCGUGCAGAGUUAAACACUAAACAUAUCCAAAGUCCAUUCAGAAUUUUGUGUGUUGUAUUUUGCUAUUUUUUUGUGAUGUGUGGCCUUUUAUUCUGUAAUAUCCUUCUAAAUAAAACAUUGAACAUCCAGCAAACACAAAACCUGCCUCAUUUGAGAAAUAUUUCAAAAAUCCAAUUAAUAGUAGCCUUUAGGACGUUUUUGUACUCUAAUAUUUGUCAGUAUAGUGUCAGCUCUUACCAAGGUAGCUUCUUGGUAAACCCACUAGCUUUUCAAUGAUAUUUGUACUGAAUAAAGUGAUGCUUAAUAUACUUCCCAUUAUUGAUUACUAUGGUAAGAUAUAUUUGGCAUUGUAGCUGGUACAGAAUGAAGAGUGCAGUGAUUAUAAAGCUAUUUGGAACAUCCUAAAGCAAAUACCCACAAUGGAUUCUUUACAAAUAGUUUUUCUUGAUGGGAAUAGUUAAUAUAUACGUGAUCUGUUACAUGUCUUAAAAAGUUGAUUAUGUCUUAAAUUCAGUUGUGUUUUAAAAUAUAUCCCAAACUACCUGAUCUUUAAGAAAGGAAUUUCAACAAACAUUUUAAAAUCCAUACUUUUUUUAAGUAAAAUUACUUUUUUUUUCUUAUCUAGAGCUUUUACUUGUUAGCAUAUACAUUAUAAACAAGAACUUUCCAGUUCUUUAGGAAAGUAAACAUGGGAGAAAAUUGGUAAUGUCUGUAAUAUCCUCCAAGAGAGCAGCUCAGAGCUGAGCAUUUACGGGCUCCCCCAACUCCUGCUUUGUUAGUUUGUUAUUUUUUUCAAUAUGACAGAUAAUGGGGUAAAUAGUUGAGAAAAGACAAUCUAGAUUUUUUUUUCAGAAUAAAUAAUUAACAGCAUUAAUUGUACCCCAAGAUUCACAGUUAUCAAUUGCACAAAGCCCAAAUUCUUGUUCUAGUAGAUUUUUAGUUAUUUGUACAUCAUAUUCCCAAAACUAUUUCCCAUUUCAAUUUUCCCAUCACAUUGGCUUUCUAAGAAUAUCUAAAUUUACAGCUAAUGAAUAGUUUUUAAUACCCCUUGAAAGUACUUUCACUUGUUUUUAUUGCUUGACUCCAAAGCUGAGGAAAUUAUUUCAGUAUGUAAGACUUUGAUGAUUAUUGUAUGAAUUAUUGUUCUGGAUAAGUUGUUUACCACAGAAAUUGACACUACAAAGAGAUCGUUAGAGAAAGUAAAGCUACUGUAUUGUACUGCAUUGUAGCUGAUACAGAAUGGUUACUUGCUGUAAAGACAAGACUGUCUGGGAACAGCUAUCCAACGUUUAAAGUGCUCUUUCACUUAAAAGUUAUGCUAAUCUGCUAGCUUUCUUUGCCCCAGUGUGAUCCAGCUGCUCACUGGCUUUGCUUGCAUCCAGUGGUAGGUGUCAAACCAAGAACCUUUAUGUUCUGGAUAGGCACAUGCUGGGGUUCUGGUAUUUUGGGUAAUAGUAUUAACUACUGCUCCUACUUUAUUUUCUAGUGACUACUUAGAGCAGUUAGUAUAAUUGAUCCUUUGUUCCAUGUGUUAAUAGCUUUCAUCAUGGAACCUUUUACAGCAAAUUUCUGUAAAUUUCCCAGAAAGGACUUAGACUUAACUGAUUGGUAUAAAAAACUAAAUGAGCAUUUUUCAUUCUUUUGUUUCUAUUUACUGUAAUUAUUCCCUGUAGGGUUUAUGCAUUUACAGUUGACAAACUCUCUGUGUAGUUUGAGAAACUUUAAUUGUAAGAAUAUAUUUUUAAACUAAUUGUUUUUAAAAAUAAAGUAUCCCAAGGAAACUGAGUGUUGAUUGCCAUUACUGCCUGCAGUGGGCUUCUCAAUGUCUUGAAGGGAUUCACCUGCUGUGUGACAAAUAAACAACAAAUCACAUUCAUUUAAAAAAAAAAAAAAGGCCGCACAGGCCAAAGAGGAAGAAGUGUUAAGGUUUUACUCAUUUGCUCUCCCUGACUCACCCCUAGUACUGGAGGAUGGAAGGGCAUUCAUUGGUUUGUAUUUCUGUCUGGUUUUGGUUUUCUUUUAUAGACAAUUCCAUGUUACUAAAAGCACAUUCUCUGUAUUUCUGCCCCACCCUCUUUGUGUGUUUAUAGUAUUUUUGAAAGAUUGACACAUAAAUUGGGUAUUUCUAUGGAAUCUUGAGGUGUGGCUGCUCUCUGUGGAAGGGGAAAGCAUAAUUAGGUUAAUGCACUUCUUUUCCUAGCUCCACAGUCACUGUGAUGUAUAUUUUUUUAAUGGAAUUUAGAAAACUUGUUUUCUCAAUUGUAAAAUUAGUUUAAAGAUGCUGCUUCUCUUAUCAUUAGUCUAGUAAAUGUUGAACUGUUUUCUGCAGAUGGCAUUUUACAAAAUUUAAACUUCAAAACUGUAUUAACUUUUAUAGUUAAACAUUGUAUUAAAUAAAGUAUACUACAAUAAACAA